GUCUUUGCACAGUGACACCGGCUGUUCUCUGGCGGUUGAAGUGUUAGUGCAGCAUGGCAACCAUGGCGGCAACCAAGGUGCCAGAGGUGCGAGACGUCACCCGAAUUGAGAGGAUCGGUGCACACUCUCACAUCAGAGGGCUUGGCCUUGACGAUGCAUUGGAACCCCGCCAGGUAUCGCAGGGCAUGGUGGGACAGCUGGCAGCCAGGAGGGCAGCAGGAGUUAUUCUGGAAAUGAUCAAGGAAGGGAAGAUUGCUGGGCGAGCAGUGCUUAUUGCUGGACAGCCGGGCACAGGAAAAACAGCCAUUGCUAUGGGAAUGGCUCAGGCUUUGGGCUCUGACACACCUUUUACAGCCAUUGCUGGAAGUGAAAUCUUUUCACUGGAGAUGAGCAAAACCGAAGCCCUGACGCAAGCUUUCCGAAGGUCCAUUGGUGUGAGGAUCAAGGAAGAAACAGAGAUCAUUGAAGGGGAAGUUGUUGAAGUUCAGAUUGAUAGACCUGCCACUGGAACAGGUGCAAAAGUUGGUAAGCUGACUCUAAAGACAACUGAGAUGGAGACCAUUUAUGAUCUUGGAACAAAGAUGAUUGAGUCUUUAACAAAGGAAAAAGUACAGGCAGGGGAUGUAAUUACCAUCGAUAAAGCUACAGGCAAAAUAACGAAGCUGGGUCGUGCCUUCACAAGGGCCCGGGAUUAUGAUGCCAUGGGAUCUCAGACUAAGUUUGUUCAGUGCCCUGACGGGGAGCUUCAGAAGCGCAAGGAAGUCGUACAUACUGUGUCACUGCAUGAAAUUGAUGUGAUAAACAGUCGGACGCAAGGAUUCCUUGCUCUCUUUUCAGGAGACACAGGGGAAAUUAAAUCAGAGGUGCGAGAACAAAUCAAUGCGAAAGUUGCAGAAUGGAGAGAAGAGGGGAAGGCUGAAAUUAUUCCUGGUGUGCUAUUCAUAGAUGAGGUUCACAUGCUGGAUAUCGAAUGCUUCUCCUUUCUGAAUAGAGCUUUGGAAAGUGACAUGGCCCCUGUUCUCAUAAUGGCCACAAACAGAGGAAUAACCAGAAUUCGUGGCACGAACUACCAGAGUCCCCAUGGAAUUCCUAUUGAUUUAUUGGAUCGGUUACUCAUUAUCUCCACCUCGCCAUACAAUGAAAAAGAGACCAAACAGAUCCUAAAGAUCAGGUGCGAGGAGGAAGACGUGGAUAUGAGUGAAGAUGCUUACACUGUUCUGACAAGGAUCGGCCUAGAGACUUCUCUCCGAUAUUCCAUGCAGCUUAUCACAGCAGCUAGCUUGGUCUGUAGGAAGAGGAAGGGAACCGAGGUGCAAGUGGAUGAUAUCAAACGGGUAUACUCGCUCUUUCUUGAUGAGUCACGGUCAACACAGUACAUGAAGGAAUACCAGGAUGCCUUUAUGUUUAAUGAAAUGAAAACGGACACCAUGGAGACAUCCUGAUGAUGGCUGUUUGGCGUCAUUUGUCUUCUUUUUUUUUUUUUUCCACUUCACUUGGUUCUUACUGUUUUGUUACAUGCCUUAACUUGUAUGACAAAUGCUGUGACCCCCUCAGUAUCUGUUUUAUAUAAAAUAUUCGGACUAAA